UCGAUUUACGUUUUCUUUAUUUCCGUUCUGAUUUAGAUGAUCAGCAACGCCAUCGACUGUCCUCGACGACAUCAUCAUCACCGUUCCCCGUCGCAAGAACGAAAACACCGUCGCGAUGACAACAAACAAAGAAGGGUUCACCGUGAUCGUUCUCCGUCGCAAGACCGAAAACACCGUUGCGACGACAACAAACAAAGAAGGGUUCACCGUGAUCGUUUUCCGUCGCAAGCACCAAAACGCCGUCGGGUCGACAACAAACAAAGAAGGGAUUCAUCAGUUGAUGUAGUAUCAGAAUUUGUUGAUGGGAUUGUAAGAGAACAAAAUGAAAAGAACAAAGCUAAUGAAGAUGAUAAUGAGGGAGGAAUGAUGAUGGAUGAUGAUGAGAUUGAAAUGAUGAUGAAGAUAUUAGGUAUGCCUGUUGGUUUUGAUUCAACUAAAGGUAAACCUGUACUUGGUGCUGAUGUUAGUGGGAUUAGAUUGACUACUAAAAGGCAACCUAGACAGUAUAUGAAUAGACGUGGCGGAUUUAAUCGGCCUCUUCCUCUCGAGCGUAAUCGUUGAUAUUCAUUCUUCAAGGUUUGAUUUCCCAUUUUUGGUUUAUUUAUCUAUUCAGGGUUCAGGGUUUAUUAGAAAUGUUUGUUCGACUUAUAAUUUAGGAUUUUCUGUUUAUUGGAAUCAGGAUAGGGUGUGCAUAAGAAAUCUGAGAAACAAAAUCUACCAGAGACUUGAGAAUAUAUGAUUCUUGAGUUUUGAAAUGUGCCAUAAUUAUGAAAGUGGGAUUUGUUUGUGUCUGCUAGAUAUCAAUUACUUGUUGGGAAUUUUGGAAUACUGAAUUAAGAUCACUAUGUAUGUGUUAUUCUGUUGAUCAAUUUUAAACGAACAAUGUUGAAAUAUAGCGAAUGUUUAUGUGAGGCGGCUUGCAUUUAUUAAGCGAAUGAUGGGAUCAUUAGAAUUUAUAUAAUGUAUCGGUAUGUCUAAUUGAGAUUUGUCUAGGUUUAGCUGAGAAUAUAAUAGACGCCUUGUUGAGAAAAUUUAAGUAGUUUUAAAAAGUAAGUUGAACCUUUAGGUUGGUAUUGGGGAAGAUGAUGAGUUAUUGAAGGAAGUUUGAUUAUAUAUUGUUUAGUUGUAUCAUACCGUCUUACCUUUAAUGUGAUUAAAGAUCUGGUUGUCCAAGUUGUGCUGAGUGCUUUUGUUACCAGUGACAACAAUGAGUAGAAUGAAUUUCAUCUCCAUCUGUGAUCAGUUGUUAAGCACUUGCUUAUCAAAUCCUUGGGAGAAGUAGGCGUUUAGAGCUGGAGUGCAGAUAUGCUCAUGAAAUACUUUGUCUAAGACCGUAGGUCUUGGGAUGAAUUUCUAUCAGAACAAUCCGGAUUGCAUGAUGUCGAUAUGGUUAGAAGGAUUGCUCACAAACACACACUCAGAAAACCCCAAAUGCUUUUGCUAGUGAUUCUUAGUUUGAGAAUGAAGUUACUGGUCAGAGAAGAUAGAUUGUAAAGUUACUGCAUAGUUAGUUAUAAUAGCCACCGUGCAAAAGUAGCGCUGGUUUCAUGUAGAAUUCAGUUACAGAAUGGAAAAGGUUUGUCAAUAAAAAAAUGGUUGUACCCUUGUAGCUAAAUCUUGAGAAACUGAACAAAAUCAAAGAUGUAGCAUAACUAGCUCUCUGCAUAACUUUGAUAAUUUUUAUGUUAGUCAUUGUCUAAUUGCUGUCACGGGUUGAUGGGUUUUAUAAUACAUCUAAAAUGUGGAUGAUCUUUGAUUGCUCUCCACUCCCUAGCACUGCGAUUGGAUUGUUGAAACAUUUCGCUGUUAUUGACUUUUUUUUUUGUCGAAGUACUGUCAGCAGGUGAAAGAUUGUUUGAUAGGUAACAUUUAAUGGUUGCAUCUUGCUUGUGCAAUUUGUUUCCUAAAUCAUACUUCGAGUGUACAAGAAUAAUCACUCAUGUUUCAAUUACACUAUCAAUUGUUCUAUACAAUCCCUAUGACACCUUAUAUGCCAUUUGAGGUAGCAAGUAAUGUGGUGAAAUUGAGUACCAAAAAACAGGAAACAAACACAGAAAGAAAAAAAGUAAUGUGGUGAAACCACUUACAGAAUUGUGCCUUUGAUUUUAAUUGCAAAUUUGCAAUUAGUCAAUGGAUAGUGAAGGUCGUUGGUUUCCCAUUGUUGAAAUAUAAUGCUACUACUUUGUUAU